CCGGUGAACGCUCAGUGUGCGCCGGUGGCUGCCGCUCGCCGCUGCCGCCGCCGCUCACCGUCGGUCGCCGGUCGGCAGUCAUGGCCGAGUGCGUGACGCUGCUGCCGGACGUGGUGGCCCAGUACAACGCCACCGUGUGCGGCGGCGCCGAGCAGGGCGACGAGCCCCAGUUCCCCGUCUACGUGCGCGUGCUUGUGACGCUCACGUGCUCCGUGAUCCUGACUGUCGGCAUCGUCGGCAACGUGCUGGUGCCGCUGGUGAUCUGGCGGAACCGCGAGCUGCGCAACUCGACAAACUUUUUCCUGCUGAACCUGAGCCUGGCCGACCUGUGCGUGCUGCUGCUGUGCAUGCCGCAGGUGCUGGUGGAGGUGCACACCCGUCCGGAGGUCUGGGUGCUCGGCAAAACGAUCUGCAUGACGGUGCCGUUCCUGGAGCAAUUGGUGGCCAACGUCUCAGUGCUGACCAUCAUGGCCAUAUCGAUGGAGCGGUACUACGCCAUCUGCAAGCCGCUGCGCGCCGGCUACACGUGGACCAAGAUGCGCGCCCUGGUGGUCAUCGUGGUCGUCUGGCUGACGGCCAUCAUCACCUCCAGCCCGAUCCUGUGGAUCGUGCAGUACUACAUGACCGACUACACGACCGGCUCCCAGAAGGUGCCCGUCUGCGUCACGGCAGCCAACACCACCCUGAAGCAGAUGUACUACAUCGCCAAGGACGUGGUGUUCUUCUUCAUGCCGAUGCUGGUGCUGCUGGCGCUGUACUCGGUCAUCACGCUGCACCUGAUCCGGGAGCCGCGCACCGAGCGCUCCAACUUCCGCAUCUCGCGCAGCCACGACCCGCGCAGCGGCGCCGAGACCAGCAACUACCGCGCCCGCAAACAGGUGGUUGUCAUGCUGAUCGCCGUCAUCGUCUGCUUCUUCUGCUGCAUGCUGCCCGCCUGCGUGUUCCGCCUGUUCGUCAUCAUCGCCGACGACGCGACUGUCAUCUCGCUGGGGCCGGAGCUGUACCACAACAUCCGUUUCUUCAUCCGCAUCAUGGUGUACAUCAACUGCUCCAUGAACCCCAUCCUCUACAACGUCAUGUCGUCCAAGUUCCGCGAGGCGUUCCUCAAGGUGCUGGGCAUGCCGCCGGCGGCCCGGCACCUGAGCCGCCAGAGCACCUUCAACACGGCCUCGUCCACCAACAGCUCGCGGCUCAACAGCGUGCUGCGGGUGGAGGCGCAGCACUCGCCGGCUGCCACCUGUCGGUACGGCCGCCAGAGCAGCUGCGCCUCGGUGCUCAGCCGGAACGGCGGCAGCCGGGCGCACGAGCUGGCGCGCGGCGGCUCCUGGCAGCUGGAGCGGCUCCACAGUCUGGACCGCACCUCCAGCGUCAUCAAGGAGGUGAACGGCAACACCGGCAACGGUGCCGUGGACUGCGUCUGAGACGGCCGCACCGGCACUGCUCAGGAUGCGGAUCGGUGUUGUGAUUAAUGUGUGUGCUAAGGUUGUGAUCUUCAGAUUCUGAAGGACUGAUAGUUGAGUCAGAUCUAAGUCGCCGAUUGGGGAUCAGAGUGUGAAGGGUGCGAUCGGGGGAGAUGGUGCACCACAGUGUCGACAGUGGGGAUAUGUCUCGGUAAGAAGGCGGCGAUGCGCGGUAAUUGAUGACAGGCCGUUCAGGAGACGCCGCCGAUGGAUCGGAUAGGGGCGGUGACUGAGCGUGGCUCCACUGGGACGGCGUCCCUCCUGGAAUUCCAAACAGCCCGCCUGGAAGUCCUUGUGAAGGGCGAGAUGCGCUAUCGGGGCGGCGGACGCUGUAAAAACCGGGCCGGCGCGCCGGCUGACCGCCGGGGUCGGGCGACGCACCGGCUGACGACCCCCGCCCCAUAUCGGCCGGUCCGGCCCGACCCGCGGCCGCAACGCCUGGGAGCUGCGCAGAGGGCUGGCUAGACUCCGCAGUGACCUGAGCUCACGGCCCCCCGUUAGGUGUUUGGUGUCGGCUGCCAGAUCCCGUGGUUUGGUGUCUACUAGCGAGUUGGGCUGGACAAGUGGCUGAAGACAGAGUCUAUCUCAACAUCGUACUUGUGUUACCCGUAGAUGUUAUUGUUCUCGCUGGCUCGUUGCUUCGCUCUGAGCGGUGGCUGAUGUAAUGGUGUUCGUAAUGUGACUGAACAAGAGAGUAGUAGUGUAGAAGCCAAAAUCCCGUACCCACCAUGUGGUGACCUUCCUAAGCAGUAGCGUAGAAAUAGAUUAUAUAUGCGAUGCCGGCUAUAUAAAAAUAGCUAAUUUAGUCGCAUCCCUUCUUAUGAACUAGUGUAGGUACAGUGUACAGUCAUUUCAGCUCACAUAAUAUUAUCAUAUUUAUGAACUGCGAGAGAUCUACCAGGGGAGAAAAUAUAGUUUCGAUUAUGACUGUAUCAUGCCAUUCAGCAUUUUUAGAGACAACGGUGACACAAAGUUGCUGGUAUUAAUUGCAUCUAAAUUAAUUGCAUCUAAAUGGGAUUCAGAGCUGUAACUUGAAACUUCCUUCAUAACAGAAACUACAACAAAAAAUACAAAUCAAAUGCAUGUUAAAAAAAUGGUCUUCGUAACACAUUUCUAUUAGAUUUUAAACAAAAUUUACAAUAUCAUGUUGCAAUGCCAGCAUUAUCAGAACAAAUUAUGCUUACCUACAUAUAUGUGCUCUUGAUUUCAUUCUACUGAACUUGAUCAUUUAUUGUUUUGAUCUAACUGAAGUCAAUGUCGCAAAGUAUUUAUUUAUCUGCCAAUGAAAACAGCCCUUAAAUAAUUAUCUGGGCCGAAAUGUGUCCCAAUAUUUAUGGAAUCGUUCCAGGCCUGCAUCGUUUACACGCACCUAAGGUGACGUGUUCACUUAUUCACUGUCAUAAAUGAAACGGGAACCUUUAAUAAACGACCUAGGACGAAUGUUUGAAGCAGGUGACAUGGGCUGUGUCACAUAUCAGUCAGAGAGCAUUUUCUUAAUGUAAUGUAAUAUCCCUUUAAUAUAAGGCUGACCGUGCAUCAUUCAUAGCUCGAAGGUCAUGGCUCACGUCGCAAAACUGUGUGUUGUGCUGCUGUGAUGUUUCAUAUGUGUACCUAUGUUAAGAUCACGUGCAGAAGUAGGUACGAGGAGAAUGGUACCUUUGUGAAGUUUCUUCAUUGUUCCUAUCUGUGACCGCUGGCGUGUAAGAUGCUUGAAUAUGUCAUCUAUCGAUUUUAAGUCAAAAGUGUCGCUUUUGUCGCUUAUACCUACUACAUAGUACAUACGUUAUCCUCAAAUGCGUACAUACACCAUGAAAUUAAUGCACUGAAUUUUGCAGUGCAGAGAAAGGUAGUGAGAGUGGGCCAGUGAGAGUUGAGAGUGUGCAGAGAGGGUGGGCGUGGUUAUUGUAAAGUAUAUGUUGCAUGGUUGUUUGAUGUGAGCUGUCAAGCUUUGCAUUAUUUUUUCAGAUAGUACUUUCUCUGACCUUGAAAAGUGUAUAAACCCUAUGUAUGUACCUUUACCUACAUAAAGUGUCUCACUGUGUUUUAUGUGGCACCAGCUCAUUCAUCUAUAGUGUUUAUUAAUUUUGCAGCGCAUUUUUUAGUUUCAUACAAUACUGAAAUAAACAUCGCCGUCUUUA